AUGGGAAAUAAGGCAGACGACAAUGUCGUUGCCUCCACCGUCAGUACCAUAGUUGUGGAAGACACCACUACCACUACCAUAUCCGGCGACAUGAGUAUCCUCAUCAAGAACGACACCACAACGGCCACCAAUGACGACACAGCCAUCCACGAAAACACCACUAUCAUCUCCGACGACGACACCACUACCACUGAAGAAUAUUAUAAUCCCUACGAAGACGAAUAUCAACUGUUUCUGUGGAAGAAUUUAUUUCUAAAGGUGAAUGAUCUAUUGGUGGAGACGAAGAACAUGAACAGAGAAACGAAGGAAAUGUACAACGAAACGAAGGAAAUGCACAGCGAAAUGAAUAAACUAAACACCAAUCUGUUGGAUGUGACUCAGAAAAUUGAUAAUUUGACCAAAAGACAAGAGGAACUGGAAGGGAACGUGGCAAAAAUAGUGGAGCAAAUAUCAUCGAUGAAUGUCACCUUGAUGGAGAGGCAAGAGGAACUGGAAGGGAAUGUGGCAAAAAUAGUGGAGCAAAUGUCAUCGAUGAAUGUCACCUUGAUGGAGAGGCAAGGGGAAUUGGAAGGGAACGUGGCAAAAAUAGUGGGGCAACAAAUGUCAUCGAUGAAUGUCACCUUGAUGGAGAGACUUGAUGAUUUAACCCAAAGGCAACAGGAUCACGAAAAGGAUAUAAAACCAUUAGUGGAGUACAUGUCCUGGGUUAACAGAGACCACAUAGAAAACAUUGAGACUUUGCGAAAUUGGACAACAAUUGCCAGACGCAUGGACGGCUCUGUCGAUUUUUACCGUGGUUGGAAUGAAUAUAAAGUUGGUUUCGGUAAUCCACCUCACGGCGAAUUCUUUAUUGGCCUAGAAAGAUUGCAUGAAUUGACGACAGCCGUUCCAAAAAUCGAACUUAAAGUGAUUUUAAGAGAUUGGCAAGGUGAGGAACGUUAUGCCCUCUAUGAUGGCUUCCAAAUUGGAAAUGCAGCCGAGAAAUAUCGACUCAAGGAACUAGGAAAAUACAAUGGCACUGCUGGUGAUUCCUUGGCACCUCACAAAGGUAUGAAGUUUUCUACCUUCGAUGAGGAUAAUGAUAAUAGUGGUAAUUGUGCCAAGUCUUGGAAAGGGGCAUGGUGGUUUGAUAGUUGUUUCAAGAGUCAUUUAUUUGGAAAAUAUGAAAAUGAGAAGGUAGCAGCAUGGCAGGGCAUGCAAUGGUAUCAUUGGAAAAAUACUGAAUAUUAUUCAUUUAAAUACGCCGAAAUGCUCAUUAGAGCAAAACCGGCAUAA